UCCGACGAAACUUCUUCAACAGGUUGAACUCCUAGCGAUUGUUGUGCCGUCUUUGAUACCCAGUGAACAAUUUUAUUAUCUGUUGUAAACGGAUUAACGAACGUCGGCAGUAAAAUGCAGAGCGUCACCAUGAAAAAAUAUCUGUUGGCCGUCGUUUGUAUCGCCGUUUUAGCCGCGACGAUAUCUUCGGCGGCGCCUUCCUAUUCCGACUACGACAAUAACAUUAGGGAUCUGUUCGAGAUUUUGAUGCAGCGUGACGGUGUUGAGGACGGCAGACUGGGGCUCCACCAGGUGGUCAGGAAACAGAGCAGGUCACCCCAGCUGAGGCUCAGAUUCGGCAAGAGGCAGGAUCCCAGUCUAUUGCCGGUUUCCGCCUAUAUGAUGGGAGAGCAGGACAACUAAUGCGAGUGUCACGACCCCCUCCCCUUACUCUAUAUUUAAUACCUGAGGUAAUUAGAUGGUUUAGUAUGAUUUCUGUAUUUUUCCCGUUGAAAAUCACCACCCAAUUUACAAUAAUCAAUACAUACAUGUUUAUAAAUAGUGUAUUAAGUCGUGGUUGUAUGUGUACAAUUGUAAGUUGAACUCUCUGUGUAUACUUGCAAAUUGUGAAAUAUAAAUACAUUUAACACCCAA